AACCUCUUAACUAUAGUAAAGUAGUAUGUUAUUUAAAAUUGAACUUUUUCAGCGAUUACAAAAGGUUUUGGAAGUAAUUCAGAGUGCACAUCGGACGUGAGUAGAUAAAAUCAUCUUCAUGGAAAACGAGGACGCACAUACUCGUUAUGUACGGUAAACGCGGACGGACAGCGGCAGUCUCGACCGUAACUACUUGCCGGACUUCUCGAAUGUGUGUCGGUGUGUUUUUACAUUGUUUGCUCUUCUAAUACUUUCAUUUUCAUCACUGAUUUGAAACCAGCAUAGGGCGCGGUGGGAUUUACGAGUAGGCCAGGCGCCAAGUUGGUUGGAGAGAAAACAGUAAAAUAAAGCUCCAUCAGCAGUGUGUCAAAAGACCCCCAAGGGGACUGCAGUGACCUAACCAGGAGGCUGCAGGUCAAGGACCCAUCCCCUGGCAGGACAAUCCCUGAACGGCACAGAUGAAGCUCCUUUCCAAAAGGGUCUUCACAUAUAACUGUCCUUCUUGGUGGGUUCUUGCCAUACUCAUUGCUGGUCAGAGCGUCGAUGCGGGAGGAAAAUUGGAGCCAUGUGGGGGGAGAGACUGCACAGUCUGUCAGUGUUUCCCAGCCGAAGGAGACAGGGGGACACCAGGCAGCCUGGGGCUGCGGGGACCGCCGGGACCCCGUGGACCCCAAGGACCACCUGGACCCCAAGGAGAAAAGGGGCAAAACGGCUUCGAGGGCCUGCCUGGGGAGACAGGCAUGAAAGGGGAAAGGGGAAAUGUGGGCUUUGGAGGAUUUGCAGGUGUUGAUGGUGUCCCUGGCCAUCCUGGUGCAAGGGGGUCUUCAGGUUUUCCUGGGAAGGAUGGCUGUAAUGGGACUAGAGGCAAGACUGGUUUCCGGGGAGAAGAUGGACAGAAAGGGAAGCCAGGGAGCUGUGGUUUGAAAGGGAUAAAGGGAGCCAAAGGGGACAUUUCAUAUAGUCACUGCAACCUCCCUGGGCCUCCUGGAGAUGCAGGGUGUCCAGGACCUCCUGGUAUUCCAGGACCUGAUGGCUAUGGUGGAGUCAUGGGCCCCGAAGGGUCCAAAGGCAUGGACGGAGUUACAGGCCUUCCUGGUAUACCUGGACCAAGGGGUAGUCCUGGAGUUGCAGGCAGGCCAUUACCAGGAGAGAAAGGUGUAGAGGGAGACGAGGGGCCUCCAGGCCUUCCUGGACCCUUUGAAAUGGUGGAGCCUCCAGAAGAUUACUACAAAAUAGGAGACAAGGGUGACAAAGGAUUUCCAGGCUUGCCAGGAAAAAAAGGCUCAGCUGGGAAAAACAGCAUUCCUGGGGUAAAAGGAGAAAAGGGAAAAUCUGGAUUUCCUGGACAAAGAGGUUCACCCGGAUAUUCUGGUGAAUAUGGAAAACCUGGAGUACAGGGAUCAACUGGGGACCCAGGACUUCCUGGUCUGACUGGUAGAGGUGGACCAAAGGGAUUUCAAGGAGAUCCAGGUGAAAAAGGAUGCUCAGUACGUGUGUUCCUGAAUUUCACAGGCCCAGUUGGGGACCCAGGUUGCCCUGGCCCAUGUGGGGUCAAAGGGGACAUGGGGGAGAUGGGCUUUCAGGGGGAUCCAGGGCCUCCAGGAGAAUUUGUUGUUGGUCUUACCGGUCAACGUGGAAGCCCAGGCAUCCCUGGUACCAAGGGUGAGAAGGGAGACACGGGGAAAAUUGAUCUGACUUGCAUAAAAGCUGGAAGACCUGGAAACCCUGGUCUGUGUGGACCCAAGGGGGACAGAGGUCAACGCGGACCACCAGGCUGUGGAGGGCAUUACUGCAUUUCAGGAGAGCAUGGGCUGCUGGGAGAAAAUGGUGACCCUGGCCCACCAGGCAGAGCAGGGAUCAAAGGAAGCAAAGGAUGCCCUGGAAAAUGUAGUUGUGGUCCCCCAAUAAAAAUGAGUGGACUUCCUGGUCCCUUAGGACAGCAGGGUGAGAAAGGAUACCCAGGAUUCCCUGGAGACUGGGGCGAGAAUGGUGGCAGUGGGCCCCCUGGGGACAUGGGAGUCCCAGGUUUAAAAGGUUUAAUUGGAUUGACAGGUUGUAAAGGUGUAAAGGGUAAGAAAGGACCCUCUUGCUUCAGUGCUAAAGGAAAGAAGGGUGACCCAGGUCUCAUUGGACCUCAUGGGAACCCAGGAUUCACUGGAGAAAUAGGGAAGGAUGGAAAACCAGGUUUAGCUGGAGAUCCAGGCAGGAAUGGAGACAGUUAUCCAGGGCCCCAAGGUGACAAAGGACCUAGUGGUUUUCCUGGGGACAAAGGAGUGUGUGGUCUAAUGGGUCCCCCCGGCGAUGGCAUCCCUGGCUGCAUUGGGGAGCGGGGACCUGCAGGUGAUUCAGGCCCUGCUGGAAUGCCUGGGGCCCCUGGACCCAAAGGGGUCAAAGGUGACACACUGCACUGCAUCUUCCCUAAUCCUGGCCCACAAGGCCAAAGGGGAAAGGAGGGAGAUUUAGGCUUUCCAGGAUCAUCAGGUGCUCCAGGAAACCGUGGGUUUCCAGGACUGGAUGGGCCAAAAGGAGAGCGUGGGGAUGCUGGUUCAUGUGGCCUGCAAGGAAGCUGUGGAUUGCAAGGGCCGAAUGGAGAUUUGGGGACUCAAGGUCCUGAUGGUCCAUCCAUCCCUGGAUCUCCAGGAUCUCCAGGCAAAGACGGACCUCCAGGUCUCCGAGGGCCUCAAGGAGAUUCUCUCAUAGGCCCCAAAGGAUCCUGUGGUUCCAAGGGAAGCUCAGGAAUACGAGGACCAAAAGGAUUUUUAGGCCCAUCUGGUCUACCUGGUUUAGAAGGUUUACCUGGGAAACCUGGCACAAUAGGGUGUAAAGGGGAUCAGGGAGAGCCUGGAGCUACAGGCCUGUGUGGCCCUCAAGGAGCUCCACCAGACAGGUGUGAUUGUGGUUCCUGUGGCCCCCCAGGGCCCCAAGGAUGCCGAGGUGACACUGGUCCUCCAGGCUGCAGUGGUGACAAGGGUAUGACUGGGGAGAUAGGGAACCCUGGUCAUGGAUGUAAAGGACCUCCAGGAAAGAAUGGUCCCCAUGGCCUUCCAGGAUACCCUGGACCUCAAGGCUCACCAGGAAUAAUAGGGGACCCUGGGAACCCAGGAACACCUGGAUGGAAAGGCCUCUGUGGGUUACCAGGAAAUCCUGGACCACCAGGAAGUCAAGGGCAGAAUGGCCUGCUUGGACCUACUGGAAGGAAAGGGGAGAAAGGUUUUAAUGGGCAACCUGGGCCCCCAGGGGAUGAUGGACAAAAAGGAGACAAAGGUUGUAGGGGUUUAAUGGGGAAGCCAGGCAACACUAAGGUGAAUGCAAUUCCAGGUUGUACAGGGCCACCUGGACUCCCUGGUACCAAUGGCUUCUCUGGACCCAGAGGCGAGAAGGGCCAAUGUGGAGCCAAUGGCCAACCAGGGUACCGUGGGAGGCAUGGACCUCCUGGCCCUGACUGUGGGCCUCGGGGACCAGCGGGAGAGUGUGGCCCACCAGGUUUAACUGGCCAGCCUGGUCUCCCUGGCCCCAAGGGCUUCAUCGGUUUUCCUGGGGACACCGGAGACUGCGGUGACCCUGGAUGCAGUGGGUAUCACGGAACUGCAGGAUGGCCUGGGGCCAAGGGCUCAAAAGGUGAAAGAGGCGAUAGUGUUGGUGCUCCAGGGCCACCAGGAGACAGAGGUUCACCUGGAAAUGCUGGUUUAUGUGCUCAAAAAGGUGAUUCAGGAGAUUGCGGAAUCCCAGGUUCUCCUGGCCCAACAGGAAGAUGUGGUCCCCCAGGUCCUGUAGGGCCUGUAGGGCCAGCAGGACUUCCAGGUUCCAUGGGAUCUCUAGGUCCAUUAGGAAAGGAAGGGCCAGAGGGACCUCUGGGAACACCUGGACAGUGUGGCCCUAAUGGAAGCCCUGGACCUAGAGGACUCCCAGGUCCACCUGGGCCCUUGGGUUUGCACGGGCUGAAUGGUCUGAAGGGAGACAAGGGUGAUAAGGGAGCAAGGGGUCUGGGAAUGAAAGGACCCCCAGGUCAGUACGGCCCCGCAGGUCAGAAGGGCUCAAGAGGGCCCCCGGGAUCAAGCGGACCAAGCACAAACAGUAGAAAAGGUGAAAAAGGGCAACAAGGGGUUCUAGGACCACCAGGACAACAUGGGCCUCCUGGACCACCAGGGGUGGAUUGCAAAAAUCAAAGAAAAGGUACUCCUGGAGAACCUGGCUUGCCUGGACUAGACGGACUACAGGGCGCUCCUGGUCAAGUAGGGUUCCCUGGUCAAGUUUUGCCCGUUAAUGGGGAUCCAGGGGAGGGUGGCAAACCAGGAUGUCCAGGCAGCCAGGGUCUGAGGGGCCUUGAGGGCUUCCCCGGCAGCCCAGGGGCUUUUGGUCCACCUGGUCAAAAAGGCGAAAAAGGUUCUCUUGGGUUAAUGGGGCACCCAGGAGACAGAGGCCCUCCUGGUGAACCUGGCAUCAAGGGACCCAAAGGGAACAAAGGAAUGGCUGGAAAUCCAGGUUUGAAAGGAGUUUGUGAGAAUUGCAUGCUUUCAGAAAUACCCCCUAUCCCUCCAGGGGGCCAAGGGCUUGCUGGCGUACCAGGGUCCCGAGGUUCUUAUGGCACUAUUGGAUUGUUGGGAAGACAAGGGUCAAAAGGGCUGAAGGGAGAAAGAGGGGCCCCUGGCUCCCUAGGGCCAUCCGGGCCUUCAGGACUGGACGGAUUUGCAGGGGAUCCUGGGGAACCAGGAGAACGAGGAGUCUCAGGGUUACAAGGUGCUACUGGUGAAAUGGGAGAUCCUGGAUAUCCUGGCAAGUUGAUAAAGGUUAACUCUGGCUUCCUCUUGGUGCUGCACAGCCAGUCAGAGAGAGUCCCAGUUUGCCCACAAGAUAUGAUCACUUUGUGGAAUGGCUACAGUCUGCUCUACCUGGAACGACAGGAGAAAGGACACACACAGGAUCUGGGUCAGGCUGGGUCAUGUUUAAGGGUCUUUAGCACCAUGCCAUUCUCGUACUGCAACAUGGACAGCUGCAGCUACGCCAGUCGCAAUGACAGGUCCUACUGGCUGGCCACUGCAGCUGCAAUACCCAUGAUGCCUGUGUCAGGGCUCGAGAUCAAGAAGUACAUCAGCCGCUGUGUGGUGUGUGAGGCACCUUCACCUGCCGUUGCUGUGCACAGCCAGGAUAGCGCUGUUCCACCCUGCCCACAAGGUUGGAGAAGUCUCUGGACAGGAUUCUCCUUCCUUAUGCACACUGGUGGCAGUGAUGAGGGAGGCGGGCAGUCCUUGACAUCACCUGGAAGCUGUCUGAAGGAUUUCCGCACCCAACCCUUCAUCGAAUGCCAAGGGGCUCGUGGCACCUGCCACUUCUUCACAACAGCCUAUAGCUUCUGGUUGACUCAUGUUAACCAAAGGGAGCAGUUUCGUCCUCUGACCUCCUAUAUACUCAAAAAGGAGCAGCAGCAACGCCAGCACACUAGCCAGUGCCACGUUUGCAUGCGACAGUGAGCCUCAUCCCCCUCGACUGUAGGCCCUCGCCAGGCCACAUUCCUGUGAGAACUGCACUGAAAAUGCAUGCUGAUUUCUUAAGAGGCCAGGAACACCCGGAUUGGUUACUUGAAAGUAUAUGAACAUAAUCAUUAGUUGUAUGAGCAUACCUGCAGGCUGUUUAAGAGGCACUGUACGCUUUCCUUAAAUUUCUUUUAUCCAGUAAGGCUUAUCUGACCAGAUAUCCAUCCAUUCAUGCAUCCAUCCAUUUCCCAAGCCAGAUUGCAUCCAUUUUCUAGCCUUUAAAAAUUAUUCCUCAUAAAAAGAAUUCUUAAAAUUAUUGAAAACACAUUUUCUUU